GUCCAGGAGAUAUGUGAUAGCCGGGUCGCUUCUCCCAGGUGACCUGCUCCUCCUGAGCAGUCCCAGCCCUGAUGCUCAAGUAAUCAGCUACCGUGGAGGACAAUCCCUGAGGCACUGAGAACAGGGCAAGUUGCUUCUUUUUUCCUUGGUGGAAGGGAUGGUAGGAGUGAGGGCUCCUCCCAGAAGCCCUAACUCAUCCCUGGAGCCGGCCCAGCAGGGGAGCUUGAUCAACAGUACUCUGGCAAGAACUAUCUUGUACCAGGCAUCAUGCUGCUGUGGCCCUGUCCCCUGUACUAGUUGCUGCUACUCUGGGUUGCCCCCUCUCAAGGAAUCUACCAGCAGUAGACUGCUCUACAUCCUUCUACAUGUGGGGGCCUCAGCCACCUGCUGCCUCCUGCUCUCCCGAACAGUUCUGGACACCUUCUGGCUCCUGAAGCUAUUGGUCUUGUUGGGGCUCUGUACUGCUGCCUUCUAUAUCCCAGAUGAACAUAUCUUUCCAGCAUGGCACUAUGUGGGUAUCUGUGGAGGCUUCACUUUCAUCCUACUACAGCUGGUGCUCAUCACAGCCUUUGCUCACACCUGGAACAAAAACUGGCUAACAGGGGCUGCCCAGGACUGGCGCUGGUUUGGGGCAGUGCUGCUGUCCACACUGGUUUUCUACAGCAUAGCUGGAACAGGAACAUUUCUUCUAUUCCACCACUAUACCCAUCCUGCUGGCUGCCUGCUCAACAAGGUUCUACUCGGCCUGAACCUUUGCUUCUGUGGCAUCCUCUCCUUCCUCUCCAUCACUCCCUGCAUCCGCCUCAAACAACCCUGCUCUGGCCCCCUACAAGCCUCCAUCAUUAGCUGCUAUAUCAUGUACUUGACUUUCUCAGCAUUGUCCAGCAGGCCCCCAGAUAGGGUGCUACUUCGGGGACAGAAUCGUACCAUAUGCCGGCCCAGUAUGAGCAAAGCAGGGGCACAGACACCGGACACCUCUCUGACCAUUCUGAGUGCUGGAAUCAUGUAUGCCUGUGUGCUUUUUGCCUGUAAUGAGGCUUCAUACCUGGCUGAAGUGCUUGGCCCUUUGUGGAUGGUUAAGGUUUACAGCUACGAGUUUCAGAAGCCCUCCCUUUGCUUCUGCUGCCCAGACAAUCUAUCACCACAUGGAGGGUCUAGUGGAGAGGAGGCAGGCUCAGGUGCACCACAAACACCUCAUCGACUCUCCUACAGCUACUCUGCUUUCCACUUUGUCUUCUUCCUUGCUUCCCUCUAUGUUAUGGUCACUCUCACUAACUGGUUCAGCUACGAAGAGGCAGAGCUGGAAACUACUUUCACAAGAGGUAGCUGGGCUACCUUUUGGGUCAAGAUCGCUUCAUGCUGGACCUGUGUACUACUCUACUUGGGACUGCUACUGAUUCCAGUUUGCUGUCCAGCCACUGGACCAUCUCGAACCCCUCGUGUCAUCCGUCGGCGCUGCCGAAGAAUCCAUGUCUCUUCCUAA